CUAGGCUCUACAGCUUUGGAUGUCAUUGUGCCAACUGUGCCAAGCCACAACGUUAGCCCCUGGAUGACAUGGUUGUACUAAACAGCCCCUGUGGCUGUAUGCCACCCUAGAUAACAAACCCCAGCACAAUAUCACACACUGCUGGGAAGUUCAGCAACUACACAUCAGUGGUGUCUCCCUGACCGCAUGCCAAUGGAGAAUGGUUUCGAAGUUCAGCAACUACACAUCAGUGGUGUCUCCCUGACCGCAUGCCAAUGGAGAAUGGUUUCGAAGGUCAGCAAACCAUGAAUCAUCAUAAAUGAAUCACAUACCCGUGGCUCAGUUGGUAGAGCAUGGCACUUGUAACGCCAGAGUUGUGGUUUCGCUCUCCAUAAGAGUCUAUGCUAAAUCAAAUUAAAUCUAUAAAAUGUUUUUCGCCGUAACUUGACAACGACUUGUCAUUAGCUUUGCAUCCAUCUUCUGGAGAUUGUUAGGGUUAAAUCGGGUUAUGUCAGUUGAUGUGAUGUCACAGAGGGUUUUAGGUGAAUACUUUCUCCUACAAGGCAAGAUUAUCAACAGAUUUGAGCUAUGCCGUUAUUGCUUUGCAGUGUAUUCCUAUUUCUCUCUCGCUAGGGUAAAAUGUCUAUGUAAAAAUACACAAUACACUGUAUUUGUAUAUCAGAGAGCUGAAAAGAAGAAUUUGCACAACAAAGAAUGGGUCUAAUAUCAUGCAUGCCUACCAGUUGUUUAAAGCACAUACUUGAGGAGACAACAUUGUCUUCUGAUGUUUUUUUGGGGACAUAUAGUGACUUUGUUCUUUCCCGGACACAAUCCCACAGACCUGUACAGUUGUCAGAACGAUGUGGGAGAUUUCCAUUUUUGUAGGUAGAGUUGUAUGGGUAGAUGAAUCUAGGCCUGUCUCUGUGCCUUUGAAAAUGAUAUGUAAUCCCUAUCAUACUCAGAAUACUGCAAAACAAUCCACUGAAUUGGAUAGUGAUCUUACAGAUAGAUUUUUACAAGGUAUUAGUCACGUGCCGAAUACAACAGGUGUAGACCUUACAGUGAAAUGCUUACUUACGAGCCCCUAAUCAACAAUGCAGUUUCAAAAAAAUAAGAAUAAGAGAGAAAAGUAACAAGUAAUUAAAGAGCAGCAUCUUUGACGACUACGUGCCGUUGUCCGGUGAUACUUCGCAUGAAUGUGUCUUACUGUAGCAGUGUUUGUUUCUCUCAGAUCACAGCCACUGCAGAGAGAGAUGACCUUUUUCAAAAUGGCGGUUGGCUGCCCAGCUGAGUUGUAGUGCUGUGGCACUACAAGUCACCUCUGCUCCAUCUCCGCCUUUCGGUGUGUGUGUGUGUGCCAGCCAGCCAGCCAGCCAGUAUAAUCUAUUUAACUAGCCUUGUUAGAUGCGCAUUAGCACUGUUACCAACCAGCACAGUCGAGCAUGACUGGAUCUGGGAUAUCAAGCAUUAGCAGUGAUCAUCAGGCAUUGUUCUUGAUUAUCGUCAUGAAGGACAUCAUUUUGGAAUAUAUCUUUUUGGAAAUGCAGUCAGUUUUUCUCCUAUACUGCAUCUCUGCCAGUUGAAACAUUUUUAAGUGUUGUAAUACAAUUUCAAAUAUUGCUAUGUUCUCUGUGCUUUUUGAUCACGUUAGAAGGGUGACCAGAGCCGUGUGUUCAAAUCCCUAAUGGUGAACAGAACAUCAAUUGAACAUUAUUGGUGUGGUGUAGCCUACUGCAGGGUUCACCAACCGGUGUCUGUCUUUCUGAUCUAUGCCUGAGGCCUACAUCCUGUAUUAACACAAGCGGACCUAGACCGAGAAGAAUGGCAGACUGUUGUAAUCCUUGGCCAGUGUUCACUUUACAGUCACACGUUACUACUGUGCCUCUGUUUCCCCUGCCACAUUUGUACUACAACAUAACACAGCCUGUUGUGUACACAGAGGCAUGUGACCGUAGAAAGGUCCUUGUGGCAAUUUGAUGGGGAACUGUUAUCAGAGAUUGUGAAAUGAGAUUCGAGGAAGAAAACCUCAGACUUGUAAGUAAACAUUCUCCAUUAAACCGGAACGGUCCUUUUUUGAAGGAAGUCUUUAGAUUGUAAAUGAACCACUGUUCUGAGACCAACCUCCAUGACCAGUGAGUGAUUCAUUAAAAGGAAACGUAGAGCCCUGGCUCAGAUUCUACCCCCUGUGUUCAAUCUGCAAUUGAACGUCUGCAACUGCACCUCCAUUUUGGCUCUGAGCUGCAGGUUUACCCACAGUGCUCUGGUGGUGAGGGUGUAAAGGGAGUAAAGACGAUUUAGUCCUCUGAUUUAUUACGGAGCUGUGUGUGUACACGGGUCAGCAGUUUUUUCCACUGUGUCUGACUCUGGUUGAGAUGCAGCAGGCAGCCAAUGGAUGGUUGGAUGGACGGGGUUUUCCCCGGUGUGCCACAAGUACCAGUCAGUCAGACAAACUCUUGUUUUCAUAUGCAAGCAGGCAGCAGGUGCAAAGCAGUGUUCCUAAUGGAGUAGAUAUCUACCACUUCCAGGUUGACGCACACCAUGUAAAGAAGAAACGUGAAACUGGGGAUCUAACUACGUCAUGUCUAACGGGGGAGGGGUGCUGAGCAGCACCACCCACCUGCUGGACUUCCUGGAGGAGCCCAUUCCGGGGGUUGGCACCUACGACGACUUCCACACCAUCGACUGGGUCCGGGAGAAGUGCAAGGACCGGGAACGCCACCGCAAGAUCAACGCUAAGAAGAAGGAGUCUGCGUGGGAGUUCACCAAGAGCCUGUAUGAUGCCUGGUCUGGAUGGCUGGUAGUGACGCUGACAGGACUGGCCUCAGGUGCCCUGGCGGGUCUGAUCGACAUCUCUGCUGAUUGGCUGAACGACAUCAAGGAGGGGGUGUGUCUGAAUGCCAUGUGGUUUAAUCACGAGCAGUGCUGCUGGGGCUCCAACGAGACCACUUUCGCUGAGAGGGACAAGUGUCCUCAGUGGAAGAGCUGGGCGGGGCUCAUCCUGGGCCAGGAAGAGGGUCCUGGUUCCUACAUCAUGAACUACUUCAUGUACAUCUACUGGGCUUUGUCCUUUGCCUUGCUGGCUGUGUUACUGGUUAAGGUGUUUGCCCCCUACGCCUGUGGCUCAGGCAUACCUGAGAUAAAGACCAUCCUGAGUGGGUUCAUCAUCCGGGGUUACCUUGGGAAGUGGACCCUGCUGAUCAAGACGGUGACCCUGGUGCUGGCUGUAGCGUCUGGGCUGAGCCUGGGGAAAGAGGGACCCCUGGUCCAUGUGGCAUGCUGCUGUGGAAACAUUUUCUCAUACCUCUUCCCCAAGUACAGCAAGAACGAGGCCAAGAAGAGAGAGGUCCUAUCUGCAGCAUCAGCGGCUGGGGUGUCUGUGGCUUUUGGUGCUCCCAUAGGAGGAGUACUCUUCAGCUUGGAGGAGGUGAGCUACUACUUCCCUCUGAAGACUCUGUGGCGCUCUUUCUUCGCUGCGCUAGUGGCAGCCUUCGUCCUCCGCUCCAUCAACCCGUUUGGCAACAGCCGUCUGGUCCUGUUCUAUGUGGAGUACCACACCCCCUGGUACCUGUUUGAGCUUAUCCCCUUCAUCCUGCUGGGGGUGUUUGGAGGCCUCUGGGGGGCCUUCUUCAUCAAGGCCAACAUCGCCUGGUGCCGAAGGAGGAAGUCCACCCGCUUCGGGAAAUACCCCGUCCUGGAGGUCAUCUUCGUGGCAGCCAUUACCGCCGUGGUGGCGUUCCCCAACCCCUACACGCGACAGAACACCAGCGAGCUGAUUAAGGAGUUGUUCACUGACUGUGGGCCGCUGGAGUCGUCCCAGCUGUGCCAGUACAGGAGUCAGAUGAAUGGGAGUAAGGCGUUUGUGGAUGCGUCGCCUAACAAGCCGGCGGGGCCCGGGGUGUACACAGCCAUGUGGCAGCUGUGCCUGGCGCUCGUCUUCAAGAUCAUCAUGACAAUAUUCACCUUCGGACUCAAGGUUCCGGCAGGCCUAUUCAUCCCCAGUAUGGCCAUCGGGGCGAUCGCCGGGCGAAUUGUUGGCAUCGCCGUGGAGCAGCUGGCGUACUACCACCAUGACUGGUUAGUGUUCAGGGAGUGGUGCGAGGUAGGCACCGACUGCAUCACCCCGGGACUCUAUGCCAUGGUGGGGGCCGCUGCAUGUCUGGGUGGUGUGACGAGGAUGACAGUGUCUCUCGUGGUUAUUGUGUUUGAGCUGACUGGCGGUCUGGAAUACAUUGUGCCCCUCAUGGCGGCCGUCAUGACCAGCAAGUGGGUGGGCGACGCCUUUGGGCGUGAGGGCAUCUACGAGUCACACAUCCGCCUCAACGGGUAUCCUUUCCUGGACGCCAAGUCAGAGUUCACACAUACCACACUGGCGCGGGAGGUGAUGCGCCCGCAGCGUAGUGAUCCGCCGUUAGCGGUGCUGACACAGGACGACCUGACGGUGGAGGAACUUCAGGUGAUCAUCAACGAGACCGGCUACAAUGGCUUCCCUGUCAUUGUCUCCAAGGAGUCUCAGAGACUGGUGGGCUUCGCCCUGCGCAGGGACAUCACCAUCGCUAUAGAAAACGCACGGCGAAAGCAGGGGGGUAUCCUGCUGACCUCGCGGGUCUACUUCACGCAGCACGCCCCCACCCUGCCCGCCGAGAGCCCGCGGCCCCUCAAGCUGCGCUCCAUCUUGGACAUGAGCCCCUUCACCGUCACUGACCACACGCCCAUGGAGAUAGUGGUGGACAUCUUCCGCAAGCUGGGACUUCGCCAGUGUCUGGUGACACACAACGGGAUUGUAUUGGGCAUCAUCACUAAGAAGAAUAUAUUAGCGCAUCUGGAGGAGCUCAAGGAACACACGGAGCCCCUGGCGUCUCCUUGGUAUUAUCACAAAAAAAGAUAUCCUUCGUCAUAUGGCCCAGUUGACCAACCAAGACCCCGACAACAUAAUGUUCAACUAGUCACCUCCUUCCCAGGUCGUCACGAUGAUGAGGAGGAGAGCGAAGAGGAGGUGGUGCACCUACUGGAGGGUCGAGGCUCCUCUCUAUGACAAACAGCCCCCCAUGGAACCCUGUCCCUAACCAUAGUGACUGAGAGCCUUAGUGACUAGGGACCCUCCCACAGAGCCCUAGUGGCCACAGGAAGGAUGAGACGGACAGAUUAAAGGGAUAUUAAAUGGCUGUUUUUGAAGGAUGUUCCGGCCACAAAGUCGCAGCUACUACGGACUGGGACAUAUAUACCCAAGGAACACACAUUUAACACACACACAUACAGGAGCUCACACUCACUCAUACAAACACAGAUGCCAGACAAGAGCACACACUUGACCAAUUUGACCUCCUACACACACACACACACGCACGCACACACACACACCCUUCAUGCUCCUCCACCCAUGUCCUAUUCCUAUUGGUUUAUACUAGCAGGCAUUGCUGUGAGCCUGAUGCCUGGCUGCCAGGGUGAGACGUCAGAAUGAUCCUCUAGGACACAAGGAGGGACCUUCAGACACACCGAUUUGCUGUCUGCCAGAUGCCCUGCCAGGCUCCGACCCCACUGUGUCCCUCCCUCACACCCCGUCCAUCCUCAAAAUAAUUGUUUACCUGGGAACUGUGUGUGAGAGCAAUCAAGAGUGCUUGUGUGUGUGUCACGAACACCUCAACAUUCCAUUCAGGUUGUUAUAGUAACCCCCUAAAGACAACCCUUGAUAUUAGACUGGGCCUCGAUCCAAGGGAGAUUUGCUGUGAGAGAAGGAGAGAGCUAGAGGGUUGUCAAGGAUACAAGCAGGAUGUACUGUAGUAGUUAGUUCAUGUCUGAGUGUAUGGAUGUGUGUUGUAGUUCAGUAUGUGAAAACAGAUGCAGUGUUGUACAGAAGAGUCUGAUACUCAUCCCUGUUGAACUAAAGAACUGUGUGAGCCAUGUCCCAUUAGGAUGGAGACCUAGCAACACUCCGACAGUGAAGGUGGGGAGAGUUUGUAGAAGAAAAUAUUAAAAGGUUGAGUUACUCUAACUGGAGAUACGUUUAUUUUUUUUUUAUUUUUUUUACUAUUGCUACUACUUUUAGUAUUGAUAUCUACAUAAUCAAGUAACGAGACAAAGUCAAGACUGGAGAACUGCACUUUUUUCUUUCCAAGUGAACAACAUAAAUGAUGAUGAUGUCGAUGGUAAUACUGCACAGUAACCGUGUCUUGAAGAUUUUACUUUGCCUAAUUAAGCUGUUUCAUGGUGUGAGAAUUGUAUCUUUCAAGGCUCCUCUGCCCAGUCGUCAACAAGAACAAUUCAACAUACUUUUCUUUGCAUGUCAGUUUUAACCAAUAUAAACCAUUUUAAAUCGACCAGCAUUCCAUGGUUGCGUCACAAAUGGCACCCUAUUCCCUAUACAGAGCACUACUCUUACAAAUGGCACCCUAUUCCCUAUACAGAGCACUACUCUUGAAGAUGGCACCCUAUUCCCUAUAUAGAGCACUAAUCUUACAAAUGGCACCCUAUUCCCUAUAUAGAGCACUACUCUUGAACAUGGCCCAUGAGGAUCUGGUCUAAAGUUAUAGACUGUGUAUAACACAUUAGGAACAUCUUAAUAUUGAGUUGCUCUCCCUUUUGCCCUCACAACAUAGACUCUACAAGUUGUCGAAAGUGUUCCACAGGGAUGCUGGCCCAUGUUGACUCCAAUGUUUCAGUUGUCAAAUUGGCUUGAUGUCCUUUGGGUGGUGGACCAUCCUUGAUACACACGGGAAACUCAAACCGCUGCGCCUGCGCCUGGCACCUACUACCAUAUGCCAUUCAAAAGGCAUGUAAAGCUUUUGUCUUGACCAUUCACCCUCUGAAUGACAUACAUAAAUAAUGAAUGUCUCAAAGGUUAAAGAAAGAUUUUUAAGCCAUCUCCUCCCCUUCAUCUACACUGAUUUAACAGGUGUCAUCAAUAAGGGAUCAUAACUUUCACCUGGUCAUUGUAGAUCAUGGAAAGAGGUGUUUAAUGUUUUGUACCCUCAGUGUAUAGGGAAUAGGGCGUCGUUUGGGACACAGCCCAUAUGUAAUUCUAAAAAGCAUGAAUUGAAGGUACAACUCGGCGUGCCACCAACUCCUUUAAACUUAAAAUAAAUGUGUAUAUUUGAGUUGUUGAAACGUACAGCACACCAAAGGCAAUCAUUUUGAACCAGCCACGUGUAAACCUAGACUCAUGAAAAACUGUAAAUAGGAUCUUGUCUGCUUCACCCUUUAAUGUGUGGCCCACCACACAGGAAGCAGUGACCUCAAUGUGUGCACCAGCCAAAGGAGUCCCCUUUCUCUCUUACUUUGUUUCCAUGACACGAUGCAUAGAGUAGCACCUUACCUGCUGAGUGAAGGAUAAGGGUUGUGUCAAUAAUGCCACCCAUUUCCCUAUAUAGUGCACUACUUUUGACCAGGGCCCAAAGGACUCUGGUCAAAAGAAGUACACUUCAUAGGGAAGAGGGUUCCAUUUGGGACACGUUCUAAAGGGGGAAAGGCAGGUGAUGACUACCGCUGCCAAUGAUUUUCGCUCUAGUUCCUUAGUAUUGCAGUGACUGUCCUAGGUCAUAUUCAUUAGGCACCAAACGAAACAAAAAAACAGACAGAGGGGGACUAGCUGGACCCAUUUUACAUUGCCAAAUGUUUUCCUUUGCUUGCCCUAAUGGAUACGACCUGCUGUCGGUUGAUGAAGAGCGCAUCGUCCCCUGUGGUGGUCAUCUUCUAGCACUGUGGUUGUCUUCAUACUGAUCAAUGUUUUUCCUUUUAUGGUAGUUGUUUAGUUGGUCAUUAGGCAGAAUUGUAUGUAUGAUUACAUUGAUUGUACAUUUGAACUAUAUGUAAAGAUUAAACAUUUUGUUUAAUUAAAUGUGAAUUGCAAAAAAAGUGA